AUGAAUUCCUAUUUCACCAACUCGUCCCUCUCGUGCCACUUAACCGGAGCUCACGAGGUUUUGCCCAACGUGGCCCUGUCCAACUCGAGCACCUACGACCCUGUGGUCCGCCAUUUCCCGUCGUCCUAUGGCGCCGCUAACCGGAUGUACCGCGCGCCCUUCUACCCGCCGCAGGAAGACGUGAUGUUCGGCGCAAGCCGCGCACCGUACGACUACGGAUCUAAUGCGUUUUACUCGGACAAAGACGCGAUUUCCGGUUGCAGACAAAGCUUCGCGCAGGACUUCACAACCUCACCGUCUUUAGAGCAAUGUAGAAGCGCGUGCCAGGAGCCAAAAAGCGGCAGCAUACAGAUUUAUCCCUGGAUGCAAAGGAUGAACUCGCACAGUGGUGUUGGUUAUGGCUCUGACAGGCGCAGAGGUCGUCAGAUUUAUUCUCGAUACCAAACACUGGAGCUGGAGAAAGAGUUUCACUACAACCGAUAUUUAACACGGAGAAGAAGAAUCGAGAUCGCCAACACGCUGUGUCUAACAGAGCGACAGAUCAAAAUCUGGUUUCAGAACCGCAGGAUGAAAUGGAAAAAGGAGAACAAUCUGACCUCCACUCAAAACGAACAGGAAACACAGAAAGAGGUUACAGAAGGAUCCACUAAUGACACCAAGGAGUAG